AUGCGUUCGUCGUUAAUAGUGGCAUAUUUUUUCAGCUUUAUUGUUGGCGUUAUUUUUGGGGAAAGCUCUGAUGAAGAUUGGGGAUAUGGAGAAAAUGACGGACCUGAAACAUGGCGGGGACAAUGUCAAAGUAAUCGACGACAGUCACCAGUUGAUAUAACUUUGCGAAAUAUCGACUUGAUUCCACUUCCAGAAUUGAAUUUCAUAAAUUACGAUUAUCCAGGAAAUCUUGAAAUACUGAAUACAGGAAAGACUUUAAUUGUGACGGGAUUCGAAAAAUGGAAGCAAAGGCAACCAAUGCUGGAAGGUGGAGCGCUUUUGCAUCGCUAUAAGCUCUCCCAGUUUCAUUUGCAUUGGGGGCAAAACGAUUAUGUUGGAUCCGAGCAUGCCAUUGAGUCCAGAUAUUUUCCAGGAGAGCUACACUUGGUUCAUAUUCGUGAAGAUUUAACACUUGAAGAAGCCUUGUCAAUUCCAAACAGUAUUGCAGCGGUUUCUGUAUUGACACUCACUACCAAUUAUGAUAAUCAGGGCAAACAUUUUGAACCAAUUGCAGACAAACUUCCCUUACUUCAAUUUAGCGGGAACUCAACGAGAUUAAAAAAAUUCAAGACAAAUUCAAUUCUGCCUUUCACCACGGAUUCAUUUUAUAGCUACGAGGGAAGCCUAACAACUCCAAAUUGCGAGGAAGUUGUAAUUUGGACGAUUGUUUCCGAACCAAUUUAUAUCACUGUGUCACAAAUGAAUGAAUUACGGAAACUUCGCAAUUCGGAUGGUGAAAUUGCCGAGAAAAACUUCCGGUCAUUGCAACCUCUAAAUGGUCGAAGAAUUUUAUAUAAACCAAGUCGAUGGGACAGAACUUACAUGUAA